AAUAAUAUUUAUCAAGCAUCUGCAAGUUUUGAUGAAUUAAUAAUAGAUGCUGUUGAAACAACUCCUUGGCCAACAACCGGGAGCCAACAAUUACUUGCUUAUACAACAAUCCUUGGCCAACAAUAA